GUUGCUUUCCCUUUUGUUUUUUUCCUUCUUUUUUGUGGUUGAACGUUGCUUUCCUCACCAGCAUGGUGAUAUUCUAGUUCUCUGUUCAUCUGAGAAUUCCAGAAAAAAAAAACCAUGAAUGUUGUCCGUACCAGAAGAGCUAAAGCCAUCCACUUUCUUAACCGAACCCAACUCAGAGGCACGAAAUCUUUGUGCAAUAGAGGUGAAAUUCAACAAGAUUCCAAAUUGAUUCAAUUGGAUUCUUCCUUUUACAUGAGAAUUUUGCAGCUUUGCAUCAAUUCUAAAGCCAAAAGGCAAGCCCUUCUAGUUCACGGCCAAAUUAUAACAAAUGGGUUUAUUUCUAAUGUCCAUUUAGGUACUAAAUUAAUAAUUUCUUAUGCCAAAAUUGGUGACAUGAUUGCUGCAAAGAAAGUGUUUGAUAAAAUGAGUGAAAGAACUAUUGUGUCAUGGACGGCUGUGAUUUCAGGGUAUUCCCAGAAUGGGUUUUUUGAGAAUGCCUUGAUGGUAUUUUCGGAGAUGCGAAAAGGGGGUUUUAAGGGUAAUCAGUUCAGCUAUGGGAGUGCACUAAAAGCUUGUACUGGUUUGAGGUGUUUGGAAAGAGGGUUGCAAAUUCAAGGGUGUGUUGAGAAAGGGAGGUUUGUCAUGAACCUGUUUGUGCAGAGUGGGUUACUUGAUUUGCACGCAAAGUGUGGAAACAUGGAGGAUGCUAGUCGGUUGUUUUAUGGAAUGGGAGGAAGGGAUUUGGUAUCCUGGAAUGUGAUGAUUGGUGGAUUUGCUGUUCAAGGAUUCCCUGAUGAUGCAUUUCAAUUGUUUAGAGAAAUGAUGAGAGAAGGAAAGAUCCCUGAUUGCUUUACCUUUGGUAGUGUUUUAAGAGUCUCCUUUGGGGAGGGUGGCCUCAUGAAGGUCAGCCAAGUACAUGGACUGAUCACCCGACUGGGGUUUGAAUCAUGUAAUUUGUUGGCUGGAUCACUAAUUGAUGCUUAUUCUAUAUGUGGAAGUCUACAGUGUGCUUCUAGGUUAUAUAGGAAUAUGCCAAAGAAAGACAUUAUAUCUUGCACAGCCUUGAUCGCUAGCUUUGCACGUGAAGGCAAGCACAAUAGGGAUCCCUUGGAUCUCUUUAAAGAAAUAAACUCAAUGCAAAUGGGAAUGGAUAAUAUGAUAUUGUGCUCUAUUCUUAACAUAUGUGCUAAUGUAGCAGAACUGAGCUUGGGAAGACAGAUCCAUGCUUUUUCUUUGAAAUGUCAACCAAGUAGUGAUUUGGCAAUGGGCAAUGCUCUAAUUGAUAUGUAUGCAAAAUCUGGACAAAUAAAAGAUGCUAAUAAGGUAUUUAAUGAAAUGGAUGAGAGAAAUGUGGUUUCGUGGACGUCACUUAUUGCUGGAUAUGGAAGGCAUGGAUAUGGACAUGAGGCAAUUGCAUUAUAUGAGGAAAUGGAGCAUGAAGGGUUGAAGCCAAACGAUGUAACUUUUUUGUCCCUUCUCUUUGCUUGUAGCCAUACUGGGCUGGUUAAUGAAGGUUUAGAAUUACUUAAUGCAAUGGUUAGCAAAUACAAGAUAUUACCCCGAGCUGAGCAUCUUUCCUGUAUGGUUGAUCUCUUUGCACGUGGAGGGCAGUUAGAAGCUGCUUAUAAUCUGAUACAUGAGAUGAACAUUGAGCCUACAACAUCACUUUGGGGUGCCAUGCUUGGGGCUAGUAACAUCUAUGGCAACAUGUCUAUAGGAGAAGCAGCAGCAGCGCACCUUUUUAAUAUGGAUCCAGAGAAGUCAGUUAACUACAUUGCCUUAGCUGGAAUAUAUGCAAGAGCUGGGGCAUGGGAAAAUGCUUGGGAGACACGUAAAUUAAUGGACAAAAGAAGUGCAGUAAAGGAUCCAGCAUACAGCCUUCUGAGCUCUACAGAGAAGAAAGGGGUGCUUUUGCAGCCACAUUGAAAGGGUCAAGCUAUCUUAUUAUAUUGUUCAUGUAGGAGAUGCAGCAUUAUUUACAAAUUACAAGAACUUUUCUAGACACUUAAAUUUAUGUUGAUGGUACAGAAGAGUUGGAGUAUUGGUUUUGUUUAUUGUCAUUCUACUCAAAAGGACAUCAAUCUGGUUGACUAACGUCCUUCUGAUGCUGCACAUCAUCCUGCUUGUCUUGUUGGUGGAAUAUCUUUGUUACGCACCAAGCUCAUAGUUAAAUAAACUCAAGGCUGGGGAUGUCAUCAAAUCUUCAAUAAUGUGGACAUAAGUAGGAAUUCCAAGCAAAGCAACUCCAGGCAUCAAUUAUAGCCCAGAGAAAAUAUGGAACUGCCACAAAUUGCGGUGUAACCAUGAUACAGCAACUAAGUUCUAGCAUUCUAAAUGUUUUUGACCAGCUUGUUUAAGAAAUUCAACUGGUGACCUUCAAACGGCCAUGCUUUCCUCCAUCGGGUGAUGCUUGGAGAAUCAAAGUAUCAACUUAAUUUGGUAAGUUGAUGCUGCAAGAUGAUCAUAUCUUACUCAAACCAGAGAAUGGUUUGUGGAUAUGCAAAGCCUGUCUGCUCCUGACUUGUAGAUGUUUAAUGCUAAUUUAUCCUUCAGUUAAACAAGGAUGUUACAGACUUGCAGGGGGAUCAUCAGGAACAAAGUUGGAUCUUGAGAAGAGCCAUGUUGCUGUAGUGUUUCAUGAACUGGAUUGGCGGCUCCCAAUUAUUGUAGAGUUUUUUUCUCUCUUUUUAUCUUUUCUUUUUCUGUCAUUAAUAGAUAGAGACAUUUGCUGCAAAUAAGCUGUAAGAAAUUUCGUUGAAAAUGAAGAAAAUUGUAGAAAACAUUAGUAAAAUGUUGUCUAAAUUUCAGUUCGAAAGCGUAAGACCUGUGUAGCAGAUUGUUAGGAAAGAGGAGGAAAAGAGGGAGGGGGUCAACACCAUA